AUGGUGUUUGCAGAGAGUGAGAGAAGGUAGAGGUAUAUGUAGCUUGGUAUGUGAGGAGAAGUCUCGCAAAGUUAUGGAACCAUACCUGUCUGUAGGAAAUUAAAUACUUAAAUGGAUGCUAAACACUUCCAGAAAUAUAGUAGUUAAAUAUUUAAAUGCAUGUAAAGGUUGGAGCAGGAUUUGGAACAGAAUAAAUGUUUGUACUUCAGAGUAUAAACGAACCUCUUGCUGGGGAUAAGUGGAAAUUUUCUCUCAUGUCUGAAAUGCCUAGUACCAGACUUUUUCUUUUGGUUUAAAGUUAUCUAAGAAGCCUCAUAUUCUGUUUGUUUUUUUGAUACUGUUAAAUGCUUUACUAGUCAAGAUUUAUUUUUUUUUUCCCAUUUGGUGUUUCAGAAUAUAGGUAAGGAUAUAUUAUCUGUGUGGCAUUGUUUUAGAAACAUGGUUUGAAUUUUUAGAAGCAUUUUUAUGCCUAAUAGCCUUUUCAGAAUUCUACUAUGGACUUAAUUCAAUUCUUAUUCUGUAAAUGCUUAAACACUGGCUGGAAGUACUAUGAACGCUGUUCUUGCCAACUUUGUUGUAGCUAGUGACAGUUCACAUUGUCUAACACUAAUGGUUAUAGCUUUUACAGUAUGAGUGAGUGAAUUGCCAGAAAGACUUGGGAGAUCUGGAAUUCUCUGGACUGUUCAGGGAGUUGCAGUUGCUUAAUUCAGUUUAAUUUAAAUGUUUGUGGCAAAUGUAGAAAGGCCUCUGACUUGAUUUAGCUUUGACAUUUUUGACUUUGUGAUCAUUAGUAAGGUAGAUGUGGAGAUGAUAAAAUGUAAAUGAUUCACUCUUGUGGGGGUAUCAUUUUGUAAACAAAGCUAAAUGUGUUUAUUCUAAUUUUUAUGGAUGGGUUGAUACUUAAAAGUGAGAAGGUUGAGUCUAACAAAAAAUCCAGAGAUGAGCUGUAAUUCAGAGCCUUCUCUUUUUCUGAAUGUCUUGUACCUUUUCUGCUCUUUGACUUUCCACUGCAAGUCAAAACACAUCUCACAAUGGAUUGGAAGCUGUGGCUUGGUUGUAGAUUUUCAUACAGUACAUGGCAUUUUAUGCAAAGCCAGUUCAUCCACAUAUGUUCAGUCCCAUGCCUUGUAAGGAAUAUGAGUUAAAAAUUGUAAACAAAGAUGAAGACAAAGAACCUGCUGUGUUCUGACACGAUUUUAUUUCAUCAGAGCAUGCAAGGGGGAAACUUGUGUUCCAUUCAAAUGACACACGUAUAUGCAGAAAACCUGUUCUUUUUCUUGGCAUAUGUUCAAGCUCUUGUUCUGUUUGGCACAAUUAAUAGAUUUUAAAGUAGCAUUUCCCUGCCUUGACUUAUACUAGAUCUGAAAGAAAAAGAUUCUAUUGUUUCUUCAAAUUAGAGCAUGGCUCACCAUGGCAUUUGUAUUACACCAUCUAUUUUACAGCACAGGUUACUGAUUUUAAGAAGCAGUUUGUGUCAUGCCAGGCUGUGAGAAGAAACAGCUGUCUUUGUCUUGUCUCUGAGAAUUUGUGUUUAGCAAAAUCAAAGUAGUUAAAAAUUAUUUCUCCAUUCUUUUUCUACUAUGGAUUGUGUACUUGUCUUGAGUCUAACAGGGGCAUUGUAUGUACAGGUUUUUUUACAAGAGCAUUUCCAGUGUCCUACUUUAUUUCCUGUUUGUAUCUUACACCCCAGUGACUGGAUCAGGUAAGCUAUCAAGGUUCAAGAAAGGAAAUUUGUGUGGUUCUAGGUGUUUGCUUCUUAUCCAGAAAUAAGCUGGAAGUAUUAAUUUUGAAGGGUCUGAGCCUAAAACUGCUUUGGCAGCAGUGCAAAAAGUGCCUCCUUGUGUGUGUGUUUUUCUCCUGUAUCCCAUCUGCCUCUCACACUCUGUGUCCUUUGCAUUUUGCUGAACUUUAGAUUGGUUUCCGAGGCUUGAUGCCAGACUAAUCUGGAUGCAGGUGGCCCUUGUGGAAAGGACCACAGGGGAAUGUUGCCUGAUUGAAACCUCAGCAUCCGGUCUUACUAGCUAGUACAGCUAGUCUGAGACCUGUGUAGGACAUCUGUAUCCCAUCAUUUUUCCCUGUGGCCUUAGUCCAACCUCCAGUGACUUCAGAACAGUGACUGUUCCUUGUGCUGGGCCAGAGCACAUGGAGGUGUCAGCACAAGGGGGUGUGACCUGCAGACCACCUCUGGCACAGAUAUUGUAAGUUAGUCAAGGUCUGAAUGUGGACAUCUCAACUCAUUUAACAGGUAACAGUGCUGAGGACUGCUGGAUAUUGAGCUGAUUUAAUCCCCAGGGAGAAGCAAUGCAACAGAACCAAAUGCUGCCAUACCUUUCCUAGAUGUCCCUUCCCAAGAGCUGCAGAUCUCUUAAAAAAUAAAGCAUCCUCUACUGUACAGCAUACUGUACUGGCUUUAGUCAUCUUUAAACUUUUCUGGGGUGUCUAAGCAAAAAGUUAGAAACCUCUGCAUUAUUUCUUCUUAAUCUGUUACUUCAUUUCUAAACUUCUUUUAUCAAUAGUCAGAAUUCUGACUCAUUCUCUAUCUUAAAAUUUCUCUCUGAUGCUUGGUGAGAGUGGUGUGGCAUUAAUUUCCACUGCACACACUUCUGAGCUUGUUUUGAUGUUUCUAGGUGUAACUGGGGCGUGGAGCCAAACUGUGCAAUGCCUGCAAGGUCUGUUUGUGAACAGCUGUUCUGCGUUGGCAACGUGAACCAGGGCAACCAUUUUCACGCUGAAGUCAUGGUCAUGUGCUCUGCAUUUGUAUGUCAUUUGCAGGAUUCAGGCAGAAUGCUGAUGAUCGAGGAUGCAAAUAUGUAAUGCAAUAAAGUGCCAUGGAGCAAGAGAACAGAAAUAAAUGGUGUCUGCUUUGUAUUCGUGACCAACAGCCUGGCAGUGUUGAUGUGGAAAAACAAAAUGAAGGAACUAGUGUCAAACAGUACAACCAGUAUUUCUCAAGCCAGGAAAGCUGUGGAGCAAUUAAAAAUGGAAGCAUACAUGGAUAGAAUAAAGGUAUCCAAGGCUGCAGCAGAUUUAUUGGCAUAUUGUGAUGCACACAUUGGAGAAGAUCCCCUUAUUAUUCCUGUACCUGCAUCUGAAAAUCCCUUUAGGGAGAAGAAACUCUUUUGUACUAUCCUUUGAGUUAGUUUUCAAUUAAAAAUGUCAUCUGCUAAAACUUGGUAUCAGUGUUGCAUGCUUUUAACAUUUUUUUCUUCAGAUGUCAACACUUACCCCAUACCUACAAUAUUUUUGGAAGGUAGUGCAAUUUUGGCUAAAAAAACCCCCUAAAAUUAAAAAAAAAAUAAGAAAAGAAAAAAUUCAAGGUAAUGCUUAUCUUUCAGAGCAAUGUACAAGUUUGAUUUCAGUACUUCAUAAAUAUUCUUUUGGUCUUAGUAAAAAUACCAAGUACAGUAUCAAAUUGUAGAUAUCUUUGCCAGUAAUAGAUUUUUCUGGGAUCCAAAUGAGUCAUAUCAAUUCUUGAAGCUAUUUUUAACAUUCUUAUUUUCCUUGGAAGGUGAAUUCAAUUCAAUUGCCUUUACAAAAUUUCUAUCUAAAGAGAGUAGCAUGACCUUUUCCUCAAGUAGCACUAUUUAGGAAAAAGUCCCAGUAAUUUACAUUGUUUAGAGUGAUUGGUCUUAUAAAGUAAGUGGUGUCUAUAAAUAUGUUUUCUGAAGACUGUAAAAAACUUGACUACAAAAACAAUCCUAGUAAAUUGCCAUUGUAGCUACGAGCAGAAUGAAGAUGUAUAGUCACACAUCAGGAUUGCAUCAAUAAAAACGUAGAAAAAUGUG